UUCACACAAAUCUUUAAAAUCCCACAUAAGAUUAGAUUCGUACUUUCUUAAUGAACCUCUCACUCCCGUGAGUAAAAUAAUCCACCGCCGCCUAUAUCCCCGGCGCCCCACCGUCGCCGGCAACCUCUCUAUCACUCUCAUGCUUCACUUGCUUCCCCUAUAACUUUUUCUUCCAUUUAUUAUCGAUUCAGUUAAAAAUUAUAAUACUUUUUUUUUUCAGAAAAAAAAAUAAAAUAAUUCAACCACCGUGUUGUUUCGCUUGCUUCACACUCUUCUUCAACCACCCACCGAAAAUCCACACUAACCCCAUAGACUCUUAACUCUGAAUCUUUGAGCAAGUUUCUAGAGAGAGAAAUUCUAGAGAGAGAAACAGUGUUAUUGUGUUUUGUGUGUUAUGGUAUGGCUCAGCAUAGGCAAUCGGGAACGGAGAGGCUUGGGGUGAGGUUAGGGUCUCACGAUCUACACAUUACCAAUGGCUCCGGUGAUCAUGUCGCCGUUGGGAUUCGCGGCGGUGUUAGUCAUAAGCAGCCACGGUUUCGGAGAUCGGCGCGAUCAGACAGAGUUGCUCAUUUCUCGGUGGUUGCGAUUUUAGUUUUCCUCUUCAUCGUACUUGCUGUUACUUUCCUCGUGUUUUCUUACAUUUCUAAAGAAGAAAUAAGUAACAAUGGUGGUGGUGAUACUGAUGAUAUAAAGGGCGAUUCUGAUUUUCUUACAAAUGUACCAAGGAUACAGAAGAAAGUUCUUGAUUUUGGGCAUAGUUCUGGGGGACAUGGCCGAGAUUCGAGAUAUUGGGAUAAGGAUGAUAGGAGAAGAGAUGGUGAUUAUGAUGAGGAUAUGAAGGAGCAGAUAAGUAGGGAUCUCGGAGAUACAAUUACUGAAGAUGAUGCUCCUGGAAAGACGAAUCACGAUAUCAAGUUUCCUCAAGAUGGUUCUCAUAUGGGUUUAAAGCGAAAAGGUGAUGGCUUGUAUAAUGAAGCGGGACGUCAUGAAUUGAAAAGGUAUGAAGCAGAAUACGAGGCUUCUUUGAAGAAUGCGAGACACUCCACUGAAGGGGAUGGGAAAUUGUCGCAAAACGUUCACAUGGAAAAGAAGAAUGUGGUAGAUGACAUUGAUGAUGAAUAUGAUGACUUUUUUGAUUCUAAUACACCAAGUUUGGAAACUGAAGAGAAAGAAUCUCGCGAUUCUUUGGAUGUGGGAAAUAAUGAUGAUAUUGCUUCUGAGGAGGAUAAUGAUGGGGAAUCUUCCAAUAACAAAAAAAACUCUCGUGGGGGAAAAACGAAUUCUAGACCUGCAGAUAUUAUACAUGAAAAAACUAACAGAAAAUCACGCCCUGAAACAAAGAGGAAAGGCAAGCGUCGCAAAUACUCAGGUUCCUGUGAGAUGAAGUUGUUAAACUCAACUUCACUACUUGUAGAACCACUAGAAAGUCGAAAAUUUGCAAGGUUUAGCUUACAAUAUGUAGAGAAAGAAGAGAAGCCACUGGAAGUAGAACAAUGGAAGCCAAAAUUUGCUGGACAUCAGAGCUUAGAAGAAAGAGAAAAUUCAUUUUUGGCACGUGAUCAAAACAUAAAAUGUGGUUUUGUUAAAGGUCCUGAAGGUUCACCCAGCACUGGAUUUGACAUGUCAGAAGAUGAUGAAAGUUACAUUAGCAGAUGUCAUAUUGCUGUGAUUUCAUGCAUAUUUGGAAAUUCUGACCGCUUGAGGAUCCCGGCCACCAAGACGAUCACACGAUUGUCAAGGAAGAAUGUCUGCUUUGUUAUGUUUACUGACGAAGUUACAGUAAGGACACUUUCUUCUGAAGGCCAUGCUCCUGAUAGAAUGGGUUUCAUUGGCUUUUGGAAGUUAGUGGUAGUGAAGAAUCUACCUUAUGAUGAUAUGCGGCGAGUGGGCAAAAUACCAAAGUUAUUGGCCCAUCGACUUUUUCCGUUUGCAAGGUAUUCAAUUUGGCUGGAUAGCAAAUUAAGGCUGCAGCUUGAUCCUUUACUCAUCUUGGAGUACUUCUUGUGGCGAAAGGGAUAUGAGUUUGCAAUAUCCAAUCACUAUGAUCGGCAUUGUGUGUGGGAAGAGGUAGCACAGAACAAGAAAUUGAACAAGUAUAAUCAUACAGUUAUAGAUCAACAAUUUUCAUUUUACCGUGCUGACGGACUCCAAAGAUUCAAUGCAUCAGAUCCAAAAAAGCUUCUUCCAAGCAAUGUUCCAGAAGGUUCUUUUAUUAUUAGGGCUCACACCCCUAUGUCAAAUUUGUUCAACUGUCUUUGGUUCAAUGAAGUUGAGCGGUUUACUCCUCGUGAUCAGCUAAGUUUUGCAUAUACUUAUCAGAAGCUGAGAAGGAUGAAUCCUGAUAAACCUUUUCAUCUUAAUAUGUUCAAGGACUGUGAAAGGAGACACAUGGCCAAGUUAUUCCAUCAUAGGACGGACGAGAAGAGGAUUACACAUCUAAAAGCAACCGAAUAAAGCGAGUUGCUUAUUAACAUUUUUAUCCCUAUAGUAGGCUUGAUAUAAUGUACAUGGCCAUCCUCUUCCGUAUUUGUUAGACUUGUGAUCUAUGCUAACCAUAUGCUGCAGAGUUGGUUUCACAGUUCGGGUGACUUGAUGAUUCAUUCAGAACUGAACUGUCUCAAACUAGAAUCUACACUGAUGCUGUGUCAUCCAUGGAACCUAAUAUAUCGGUUAUGUUUUAUCAUAUGAUUCAUAUUUCUUGUAUCCAUCAAUUUGUUGUGACAGAAUUCAUUAUGCCUUGGGAGACAAGCAAAGCAUCAAAUCAAACCCCUAACGGUCACUUCCACGACUACAGCUCCCCACUCAUAUUUCAUUUCUAAAUUCAAAAUUGAGAUUGUUUGUAUGUAGACAAUUUUGAUAGGUCAAUCAUACUCAUGUUAGAAAUAUAACUCAUGAUUCUUGACCCAUUGAUUUUAUUACUUAAAUAUUACAUUUGCUUGCA